AUGCUUCCUGACGACGCCAGCGUACUGUCCCUGCGGGACGCCAAUCAACGCUUCUAUGACGCCUUUGGGUCCUUGGACAUGGCCCAGAUGGACGCGGUUUGGGAGCGGUCGGAUCGGGCGUUGUGCGUCCAUCCCGGGUGGCAGCCGAUAGUGGGCUGGCCGGAAAUCCGCAGAUCAUGGCAAGGCAUUUUCAACGGCGCGGCGUUGAUGCACUUCAACAUCCAUUACGUAAACAUCGUACUGGAAGGCAAUUGCGGUUAUGUCACCUGCAUUGAGAGUAUUACGAGCGUGGUCGAGGGGCAGGCCCAGGGUUUUGGCAUCCUGGCCACGAAUAUAUUUGUGAGAUCGGGCGAUGACUGGCUGGUCAUCGCCCAUCACGGUUCUCCCCGGCUAUAA